AUGGGUAUGCGGCCGAUUGUCAUCGAUGGUGGAGAGGCAAAGAAGAAGCUGAGUAUGGAGAUGGGCGCAGAAGCGUUUGUCGACUUCCGUGGGGAGAAAGACGUUGCCGCGAAGGUGAUUGAAAUAGCCGAUGGCGUUGGUGUGCACGGUGUUGUUGUUACGGCGUAUCAAGCCUACAAGAACGCUAUGGAUUUCGUCGGCAGCCGCAGAGGAGCCCGGAUCAUGGCCAUUGCGCUUCCACCACAUGGGACUGUACAACUCGGAGCCGAACCGAGCACGUUUGUCUUCAAAAAUAUGCACGUCAUCGGGUCUCUAGUAGGAACCAUGCAGGAUACAGCAGCUUGUCUCGAGUAUGCAAGACGAGGGCUUCUGAAACCUAUACACGAAGUAAGAGGGAAGUCCCAGUGGGCGGAAAGUGUGGAGGCACUGCGACGUGGAGAGAUUGCUGGUCGGGUUGUAAUUGACUUUAACAAGGACUAG